UCCGAAGAUGUGGCGCGAAUCAUUUUUGUCGUGAAGUGAAUAAGCUUCUGCGUUCUGGAAGAACGUUGACACUUUUCUCAAUUAAAAUCGUUCUAUUUCACAAUUUUCAUCAUUUAUCGGCGAGUUGUCUAGCCAUAUCUCUACAAGCUGAAGAUGCAGUUCGGUGGAGAGCGUAAAAAUGCCCUUCAACGGCAACAAAGAGGGAGAAACAAGGGCCAAGUUCGCAGUAGUGCUGGCUUUGGCAUGUUUGGGCAGUACUCGCAUCGGCUACAAUUCUACCGGCUGCCGCCUACAGACAACAUCUCAUUGAAUGAAUUUGAGGAAUUUGCGAUUUCCAGAGUGAAAGUGCUGCGUCAUGUGGAACAAGCUGGGCAGAGCUAUGUAAAAGGAACUGACAAGUACAAGGAAUACAUGGACCGAGACCUACGACAUCUCAUGCCUGUAGCUGUCAGAAAGGAUUUGAAGGAUGAUUUUGAAGAAAGAAGAAAAGAUCAUAUAUCUCACUUUAUUCUGAGGUUGGCCUACUGCAAAUCGGAGGAUCUGAGACGUUGGUUCAUUGCUCAGGAAAUGGAUCUCUUCCGCUAUCGCUUCUUGAUGGAGACGGAUAAGAGAGAAGUUGCACGAUUCCUACAAGAAAACGAUCUUCAUUUCACUCCUAUUCCCGAUGAGGAGAAGCGGCAAGUAGCCAAGUAUCUCUGUGCAAGUAGCUACAGUAUGUCUAUGGCAAUGAUUGAGCAUACUGAUUUCUACAAGGUACCAUUUACAGAAGCAUUGGACUUAGUCAGAGCUCGGAAGAUCUAUGUCCACAAGGGGUGGGCUUAUGUCCCUCACAAUGACUUGGUGUCUAUCAUUCUGAGUGCUUUCCGAGCACACCUGUCUCAAGCGCUCGCAGUGACAGCCAGGAGUAUCCCACACCUUGAGGAAGAUGACCGCCUUCUUCCGAUGCUCAACAACCUCAGUAAACAGUAUCUGGGGCAGAACUACAGCAGUGGCAAAUCCAACAUGGGCAAGAUUGAACUCAAAGACAUGGACAUGCAUGCCAGGAAGUCCUUCCCCCUCUGCAUGCGGCAACUUCACUCCGCCUUUCGGGAAAACCAUCACCUCCGCCAUCAUGGCCGUAUGCAGUACGGUCUGUUCCUGAAAGGAAUUGGCUUGACCUUGGAGCAGGCUUUGACCUUCUGGAGAAGUGAAUUCUCCAAGAUUAUGGAUGUAGACAAGUUUGAGAAGCAGUAUGCUUACAACAUCCGUCAUAGUUACGGUAAGGAGGGAAAGCGAACUGACUAUACGCCGUAUAGCUGCAUGAAGAUCAUUAUGACUAAUGCCCCGGCCACAGGAGACCAUCAUGGUUGUCCGUUCCGUCAUACCGACAGCAAUCUAUUGAAACAGCGACUUGGUGCUUACAAGGUCAACCAGUCUGGCAUAGACGAGAUCAUUGAUCUUGUCAACAAAUCUCACUAUCAGGUUGCCUGUUCCAAGUACUUCAUGCUGACACAUGGCAAUGCCAAAUCAGAUGUUGCUAUUCAACACCCGAACCAGUAUUUUGAGGAGAGCCAGAAGAUCUUGACCGGAGACAAGAAAUAUGAAGGAUCAGGCAGGUACACUUCGUCUCGUCCUCAGAGCCAAGCCGCUCAGAGCCCCAGGGUGUCCUCUCAUCAGGCGACCUUGGACCCGUCCACGCAGACUUCUUCGUCUGUUCAGGAUCAGUUUGAGGACGAGCUUAAUUUGUCAUUUGAGGAACUAGAGGCCAUGGAGAAAGAGGCAAUGGAGGGCGCUACUACAUCGUAGGUGACAUUUCAAGGAACGACUUUAGAUCUCAACAGUCUCGGUUGGGAGGAGCAUGGGUUCUCAUCCCUGUGCCGACUUCCGGGGAAUCGUGUCACUCCACUCUGGACUACAAAUGGGUCUUGGUAUUUGCUUGGCUGACCUGUAAUGAAAUAUCCCAUCCUGGGGAAAUGAACAUAUUUUCGGCAGUCUGUGUUGAGGAAACUGAAAAUAAACAUCAGCCCGAUGAGAUAUGAGAGACUUUCAUUUCUAAAGCCCUCUCGGCUCUA